CUGUUAUGACUGGUGCUUGGCUGCGGUACAAACUUCUCGAGGCCUUGGCAGUCUAUUUUUUUUCCAUCUAGGUCGGAUUCAACGUGGAAAUGCGGAUUUAUUUUGCGUGAGUGCGUCAAACCCACCAGGAGGAGCUGCGAUUUAAACAACGCUGGAAGACGCUGAGUAACAGAAGAGAAAAAGUGCAGGUGUUUGAUGGCUUUUUGAAAAUAGGGGCUUAAAUCAACAGAGGCGCAAUGUACCUUUGAAGCCAUCCUGAUCACAUGGGCUCCUAUCCUGUGCUGACCCAAUGGUUUAAUCACCAGGACUGAAAAUGAGCAUAAGCAGUGAUGAGGUCAAUUUCCUGGUUUACAGAUACCUGCAAGAGUCCGGCUUCUCCCACUCAGCUUUCACCUUUGGCAUAGAGAGCCACAUCAGCCAGUCCAACAUCAAUGGAGCCCUGGUGCCCCCUGCUGCCCUCAUCUCCAUCAUUCAGAAGGGCCUGCAGUAUGUGGAGGCCGAAGUCAGCAUCAAUGAGGAUGGGACUUUAUUUGACGGGCGGCCCAUUGAGUCGCUGUCCCUGAUCGAUGCUGUGAUGCCAGAUGUGGUCCAGACCAGGCAGCAGGCCUACAGAGACAAGCUGGCCCAGCAGCAGGCGGUGGCAGGCAGCAGCAGCAUGGGACCCCAGGGAGGCGCCAAGAAUGGAGAGGGGGCUGCCAACGGGGAGGAAAACGGCUCGCACGCCUUAGCCAAUCACCACUCAGAGAUGAUGGAGGUGGACAGGGAUGUGGAGAUCCCGCAGAGUAAAGCCAUGGUCCUGAGGGGCCACGAAUCCGAAGUUUUCAUCUGUGCCUGGAACCCGGUCAACGACCUUCUGGCCUCUGGGUCCGGAGACUCGACGGCGCGGAUCUGGAACCUGAGUGAAACCAGCACGGGCGGGUCCACGCAGCUGGUUCUGAGGCACUGCAUACGAGAGGGGGGCCAAGACGUCCCCAGCAACAAAGACGUCACCUCACUGGACUGGAAUAGUGAAGGCACCCUGCUGGCGACAGGCUCCUACGAUGGCUUUGCUAGAAUAUGGACAAAGGAUGGGAACCUGGCCAGUACUUUGGGCCAACACAAAGGCCCGAUAUUUGCACUCAAGUGGAAUAAGAAAGGAAACUUUAUCCUCAGCGCAGGUGUAGAUAAGACGACGAUUAUUUGGGACGCCCACACAGGAGAAGCGAAGCAGCAGUUUCCUUUCCACUCAGCACCUGCUCUGGAUGUCGACUGGCAGAGCAACAACACGUUCGCCUCCUGCAGCACAGACAUGUGCAUCCAUGUAUGUAAGCUGGGUCAGGACAGACCUGUGAAGACCUUCCAGGGACACACGAACGAGGUGAAUGCCAUCAAAUGGGACCCCACUGGCAGCCUGCUGGCCUCCUGCUCUGACGACAUGACGCUUAAGAUCUGGAGUAUGAAGCAAGAUUUGUGUGUCCACGACCUGCAAGCCCACAGUAAAGAAAUUUACACCAUCAAGUGGAGCCCCACAGGCCCUGGGACCAACAACCCCAGCGCCAACCUCAUGUUGGCCAGUGCAUCGUUUGACUCGACAGUGCGUCUGUGGGACGUGGAGCGAGGGGUGUGUAUUCACACACUGACCCGCCACCAGGAGCCUGUCUACAGCGUGGCUUUCAGCCCCGACGGCCGGCACCUCGCCAGCGGCUCCUUCGACAAGUGUGUCCACAUCUGGAACACUCAGACGGGUGCUUUAGUUCACAGCUACCGAGGGACAGGAGGGAUCUUUGAGGUUUGCUGGAACGCCACAGGGGACAAAGUCGGAGCCAGCGCAUCAGAUGGAUCGGUUUGUGUACUCGACCUGAGGAAAUGACACUCGUGAGAGGGAGCCAUGGGCCGACUACGAAUGUGUUCAUAGCCAAAUGACUGUCCCUGUCUGUUGCAACACUGCUGUAGUCCCGUCCGAUGCCAUGGCCUGUCCCGCCUGCAGCACUCCCUCCCCACGUACAUGCAAGGACCACACACACCGUUUUAAAUGCACAUGCAGCAGACGCCAUGGCUGUACUUGCUCCACACGUACCCGCACGAAGAGAAAUCUGUCAUCAGACUCAUGCAAACCAAAACGCCAGCAUUCUUCAGGCUUUCCUCCUUUUUAACCUUUGUAUGAGAAUUGUAAAGAAUUUUUUCUGUUGGUGUGUGCAUAUGUCAGCAUUUGGUGUCCUGUGGACAUUGUUAGUGGAGUUUGGAUUUUACUGAUCUCUACUGGAUUUAUAUAACAUGUGGAGUGGGAGACGAGGGAGGGUGCAGUCUUAGGACGUACGUUUUGUAUCUUGUUUUUUAUCUCCAUGUUUGAAAAUUGUAUAACAAGUAUAGGUACAAAUCAUGUUCAGAUUAAUUUUACAAGUCAGAAAAUACAAGUAAAUUCUUUUUAAAGUAGAAAAAUACGCGUCAGAAAAAAUAAUAAAUUUUACAAGUCAGAAAAUAGAAUAAAAAGUACAAGUUAGAAAAUACAAGUCAGUUUUACAAAGUUUCCAAAUGUUUCGUACUUGGUAAACUGACUUGUACUUUCAGACUUUCAGAGCUACUCCAUACCUACGGAUUUCAUUUAUAUCUGUACGUCCAGCUUCAAAUAGGCAGGUAUGAGGAGUAAACAAAACUAGAUAUGUCCCUAUCCUAACUCCUUACAUCAGUAACUUAACAUUUAACAACGAGCUAUAAGCCUCCUGAAUUUGUCUGAUAUGAACAGUUAAACUUCAUAACUCUGCUCGUUUCCUGUUGCUGCCCAUCGCUGAGUGAUAAUCGGACUAAGUCAUGCCACAUCUGGAUUCCCUCUUCCUCUACAGGCCCACUCAGAUCGCUGCGCCAUUUUCUUCGUCUUUUUAGCAUCCUCUUGUCGCAGUCUGUCACUUGGACAGCAACUGUUUGCAGAAGGACUCUAUAUGUGCAGCUUCUGCAUCCAGCGCAAACCUAAAUGAUUUAUCAUCCCCGUUACAGUGCGGAGCUUUCAGCCAAGCGUGGCCACCUGCAUCAACUCAGAGAGGCUGUGUUCAGGCACAUGCUCCGAAAGAUGCCGCUUUUGUUCAUAGUUUGCAUUUUGAAGCAAGUUUGUGCUUGUUAUAAAGCAGACUUGCAGCAUAAAACUGUAACACAGGAUCCAUGAUUUAACAUAUAUAUGAAUAGACAUAUAUAGAUAUAUACAGAUGGAUAUAUCUGUGCUGUUACAGGGGAUUCUUUUGUAUGCUACCCCUACGCUGAGGGUGAACUCUUUGAAUGCUUGAAACACAGUCUGCGAUGUCGUCAUGCGUCACAGCAGGUCAAAACAAGGAAUGGUUUUAUAAAAUACCAUUCAACAGUCAUGGAUCUUUAAAAAAAAGAAAAAGCUCUAGGUGGGUGUUUGUAUUUUUCUGCACUUUAAAAAAGAGAGAGAGAGAGAGAUGGAGGACGCGGAAGGUGUGUAACUCAAGCUGUCAGUCACAUCUGAGCAUGGUUAGGAGGUUCGUUUGGAUCUCUUUGGUACAUCGAAUUUAAACCCAGCCGACUUCUGUCUGGAUUCGUGCACAACAGCUCGUUUAAAAAGAUUUUCUGACGAAGUUUAAGGUGAUUUUGGAAGUUUUUGCUUUAAUAAAGCCAGCAGUGAUUGGACUAUACCUUGAAAACACUAUUAGAAACGAUGUCUAUGACAGUGGGAUGGUAUUUUAUAAUGCUGGUGUUUUUUAGAAUUUGAGGUUUUUACACAGCAUUUAAGUGCAUUUGCUGGUUGUUUUUUGUUUGUUGGUCCACUUGUUCUUACCAAAAGUACUAACGUUGAUUUUAUCUUUGCUAUGUCGGAGAGCCCUCAAAGGUUUUGUACUUAUCAAAACUUUUGUAAUCUUGAUUUAUUUGUAGCUAUGUAUUCAAAAUGAACAAAAAAAUAAAUAAAUAUAGGAUGAAUAAAUUUUUGGGUGUUUCACAGAACAUGUAAAUACCAGUUUUCAGACUUUUGUGUCCUUUUUUCCCCUAAACUACGUUGUACUCUGUUUCUUUCUCACUCAUGGUUGCAUCUGCAGCCCUCUGAUCAGACUGUUGUAAUAUCACUGAGCUCAAGGUCUAGAAUAAAGUCUAUUUUGAUAAUA